UGACAAGACAACAUUUGGGCCUCUGCAGUCUCUCUCCCAGUUUUCUUGGGUUGUUCUGGCCUGUCCACAAUGUUUCUGUAGCUUUCGUGGCUCUGGAUGGCUAGUGAAGAGGGAUGUUCAGUCUAAUGGCAAAUUGCUGCAGCUGGUUAAAACGGUGGCAGGAACCUGUCAGGAAGGUGACACUAAUAAUGGUGGGUCUUGAUAAUGCUGGUAAAACUGCUACAGUCCGAGGAAUUCAAGGAGAGUCUCCUGAAGAUGUGGCUCCAACAGUUGGGUUUUCCAAGAUUGACCUUAAACAGGGACGUUUUGAAGUCACCAUCUUUGAUUUAGGAGGUGGAAAACGAAUUCGAAAUAUCUGGAGAAAUUACUAUGCUGAGUCCUAUGGUGUAAUAUUUGUUGUGGAUUCCAGUGACGUUGCAAGAAUGGAAGAAACAAAGCAAGCCAUGAUAGAAGUUUUAAACAGCCCUAAGAUAUCAGGAAAACCCGUGUUAGUGUAA